GCCGCACUUAGUUGCCUAGUGAAAGUGAUCGCUGCCACAGUCGCCAGGCUCCCGCGCAUGCGCUGUUCCUCGGUAUAAAUAAAAAGGAAAGCUGGCUGUUGCCUCUCCCUAGCGCCAGUACAUGAUGGCCGGCCGCACAGUAACUGGAUGGUUCCUACUGUUCCUCGCUUUGUCCAGCGUCGCGGCACACAGACAGAAGAGGCAGGACGAUGAGGGCGAAGGCGAGGACGAGGGCCAGUCUGUGGACGAACUGUGUAAGGACAGACCACCUGAUGAGUACUUUCGUCUGACAACCAGCGGAGACUGUAGAGAUGUCGUGAGGUGUGAUAAGGCGGCAGAGAACGGGAAAACUCGUCUGGCUGGAGUCCGCUGUCCCAACGGGCUGGCAUUUGAUAUUGAUCGCCAAACUUGUGAUUGGAAAACCAAUGUUAAAAAUUGUGAAGAGCUAGAGAAGCCACGAAAGGUGCUGCCAAUCCUGAAGACAGACGAGCCAGUUUGUCCGGAAGGAAAGCUCUCUUGUGGAAAUGGAGAAUGUAUUGAAAAGGAGCUUUUCUGCAAUGACAAACCAGAGUGUGCAGAUGAGUCUGACGAGAAUGCUUGCACUGUUGAGACUGACCCCAACCGGGCCCCAGACUGUGAUCCCACCCAGUGUAUCCUCCCUGACUGCUUCUGCUCCGCUGAUGGAACUAGGAUUCCUGGAAACAUUGAACCUAACCAGGUGCCACAAAUGAUCACGAUAACCUUUAACGGAGCAGUCAACGUCGACAACAUUGACCUCUACGAUGAGAUCUUCAACGGUCAGAGGCAGAACCCCAACGGUUGUCAGAUCAGAGGAACGUUCUUCAUGUCACACAAAUACUCCAACUACGCUGCCGUCCAGGAGCUCCACAGGAAGGGACAUGAGAUCGCCGUGUUCUCCCUCACUCACAAGGACGACCCCAAGUACUGGACGGGUGGUUCCUACGACGACUGGCUUGCCGAGAUGGCUGGCGGCCGACUGAUCAUCGAGAGGUUCGCCAACAUCACCGACGGCUCCAUCAUCGGCAUGAGGGCUCCCUACCUUAGAGUGGGUGGCAACAAGCAGUUCGAGAUGAUGGCCGAUCAGUACUUCGUGUACGACGCUUCUAUCACUGCUUCUUUGGGCCGUGUGCCCAUCUGGCCCUACACCCUCUACUUCCGCAUGCCCCACAAGUGCAACGGUAAUGCGCAGAACUGCCCCAGCAGAAGCCAUCCUAUCUGGGAAAUGGUGAUGAACGAGUUGGACCGCAGAGAUGACCCCACUUUCGACGAGAGUCUGCCCGGUUGUCACAUGGUCGAUUCUUGCUCCAACAUCCAGACUGGAGAACAGUUCGCUCGGCUGCUCAGACACAACUUCAACCGCCACUUCAACACCAACCGAGCCCCUCUCGGCCUCCAUUUCCACGCCUCUUGGCUCAAGAGCAAGAAAGAGUUCAAGGAAGAGCUGAUCAAAUUUAUUGAAGAGAUGUUGGACAGAAAUGAUGUCUACUUUGUAACCAUGCUUCAGGUGAUCCAGUGGAUGCAGAAUCCCACAGAGCUGACAUCCCUCAGAGAUUUCCAGGAGUGGAAAGAGAAGUGUGACGUGAAAGGCCAACCCUUCUGUUCCCUGCCCAACCCUUGCCCUCUGACCACCAGGGAACUCCCAGGACAGACGAUACGGCUCUUCACCUGUAUGGAGUGCCCCAACAACUACCCCUGGAUCCUGGAUCCCACAGGUGACGGGUUCUCUGCCAAGUAGUGGGCCGACCUACGUCCAAAGACUGUUGUAAAGUUGUGAUCCUACCGAGUCAGUCGACCACUCCGUGGGCCCCUCCUGAAUCUCAGGCUAAUGCUGACAUUUUGUUGCAAAUAUUUUGAACGAUGCGGUGUACAAAUGUUGUAUAUUUAAGCUGUAUUUAAAUGUGAUGUUUUUUAUUGUUUAAAUGUGUCCAUAUUUGUAAGUGAACUAAAAAAAAUAAUAUAUGUGUAAAAUCGUAUUUGUCAGUCACCUUGAAAAUCUUGAUCUAAAGAAUAAAUUAUGGGUGCGACUAA